GUUAGGUGUCUGCAUGCUGUUGGCGCGUGUCCCGGUGAAAGCAGCUCUAAUGAACGGCGGCUGUUAGAAACGCGAAUUGUUAUGAACAGACACUGCUUAGCUGAUUAGCUUAGCCGCAAACACGGCCUGUGUGGUGGUUUGAAGCAAACUUGCUACUGAGCAUGUGACUUGCUGGUGCGUUUUAUAGGUGGUUAACUUUCAGUAAACACAUCGGACAUUCUAGACACUAGUGGUGUAUUUACUUAAAAACCUGUCAGCUUUGCAGGCUGUAGUCGGAGUUUGCUUGCUAGCUCUCUAACACUCGGCUAGUCAGGCCUACUGUAGCGUGCUAGUUCGGAUUUAGGUUUUUUUCCUACCUGCAUUCCGAUUAGUCCAAAUUCCUAUCCUAGGAUUGGCUGAUGAUAUCCCGUCUCUUGGAUUAUGAUUGGCUGGUGUUUCGUCCUCAUACAGUCCAGUCUGCGGCUUGUUUACGGUCGUGAACUUCUAGCCAAUCCCAGCGCAGGAGGCGGGACUUGCCGGAAUAACGGUGGACAUAUGUAAUGCUUAUAAAUACAUUAGUUUGUGAUGAUUCUAGUAUAGGAGUUUGUUGUAGUUUUUCUAUUUCCUGUGACUUUAAAGAGUCUUCUUUACUUAUUUUUAUGAUUUUUCUUAGAUUUAUGGCGGCAGGUCACACUUUACAGGCGGUCAGAGGAAGGAAAGCUAGAUAGCGUUACUGUAAACAGCCUGCAUUCAGGCUGAUCAAUGAGCAGCAGCAGUGUCAGGUGACUCUUUAUUAACUACACAGUGUCACAGAUAUUUUUUCAGAACAAAAAAUGGCACUGCUCCAUCAUUUUAAAACAUUUAUCUAAGAAUGAUCAUUAUCCAUCCAUCUUCAGUAAAGACUUUAUCCUGCUCAGAUUCAUGGUGAAACUGGAGCCUAUCUGCAAACACUUCUGUGAUGGAUAGAUCCGAGGCGUCCCAUCCAGAGUGUAUCCACAGCAAAAAAGCAGUCUUAACAGUGGAAGCAUUCAUGGAUGUAGUUGGCACAUUUAACCAUUUGAUUCCCAGUGAUCAGUUGGAAGACUCCCUGCUCCUUGGCCAGAACCUGGAAUGUGAAGCAAGUGAUGAGUUUGCAUCGAGCCACAGCCUGCCAGGAGAUUCGCUCAAGAACAUGCUCAGUGACAAGGAUCCUAUGUUUGGAUCUGCCAGCGCACAGUUUCAUCUCUUGGAAAAUGAUGAUGCUAACUUUCAGCUCUCCAGCUCAUUAGACAAUGACAUGAGUGCUUCAGGCUUCAGCCAGACUUGUGCUGAUGGGGACGAGACUCCGGCCAAGUUUCUCCGAGGCAGGAGGAAAGGUGCCACUCAGCUACAGAGGAAGCAAACCGCCUUUUCAUCUAGAGGUCGAGGUAGAGGUGGACAGACAAGGCGCCCCGGUCCAUUUAGAGGAGUUUCCACUGAAGCGCUUUGCCAAAAAUCUGGCCGGACAUCUGGAGUAAAGGAUGACGAAGAACCAGGAUCAAGUAGCAUCUCAACUGAGGAGAUGCGCAUGGAGAAACGGGAAGACUUGCUGAGACGUCGGUUUAACGUCCAUGAAGUUGACCCAUCGAUGAAUCCUGUGGUCGUGUUGAGGCGUUUAACAGUGACAGUAGGGGGCUACAAAAUUGAACUGUUGCCUGGACCUUCUCACACUUCUGGAUCAUUUAAUACAGGCACUCUUCAGUCUCUGAGCUUCCAGGACGAUUCCCUGACCACUGAAAGCAAUGGGUUCGACCUGGGACAGGCCCAGGCUUUUGAUGUGCAUUCAGCCCCAGACGUUGUUAAAGAGCUUAAUGUCAUUGAGCGUGGAGCUAAUGAAAUGCCAAUGGAUUUAGGGCCAUAUGUAAAUCCGAAUGAAGUGCAACACACCAACGGUGCGAAAGAAGUAACCACGGACACCAAAACGGUUGACCAAAACGAUGCUGAAAAGCUGAGUGAUGACAAAUCAGAAAAAAAAAAUGUCAAGACAGAUAAAAUUGCUGCUAAAAAGCUCAUGAAACCCAAGCAGCCACUGGGUAUAACCAAAAACAAGCACCUUAGCAGAGCAGGCAUCCUGCAGAAGGGAUCGAAGCUUCACAAACCACAAGAUAAAAAGGUGCAAAAAGCUACAGCAGAAAAUCAACAACACAUCAAAAGCAAGCCAAAUAGCAUAGGCCUAAAACGGCCAGCUCUGUCUCUCAAACCUAAACAAGCCUUGAAACCACAAAAGGAACAAGUCUGUGAUCCGGUGAAACAUAAUGUCAGCCCCUCUGUUCCAUGCUCUCCCACAAUAAAUAGAAAGGUGUCCUCUGAUUCCAGUCCUGGUACUAAAGCAGUUAUGAAUAAAUCUCCUUCUUCGGUAAAGAAACCACAAAAUCCAUCACCAGCAGGGAUCAAACAAAGUCAAUCAGUGAAGGAUGGCCCAACAGAGGAAGAACAGGAGAAAAUGAAAAUCAAGAAACCAGAAAAGAUCCUGCAGAGACAGAGAAGCAGAAGCAGCAGAAGCAUUUCUAUAGAUGAACCUGAGCUAUUCAUCCCUGAUAAUGCUCCUGUUGUGAAGAAGGGGCCUGCAGAGGGGGAACCUACACCUGCUUCUGAAAAUGAGACAGCGUGGGAUUCAAGCAAACAAUGUGGACUAUGUAAUAAACCACACAGCAAUAGAUUUAUGGUAGGCUGUGGGCGCUGUGAUGACUGGUUCCAUGGCGACUGUGUUGGACUGGACCUGGCUAAAGUACAACAAAUGGAAAAGGAUGACCAGGAGUUUGUCUGUCUUAAAUGCUGUGCCGAUGAAGUUGGGAAAGGCAACACUGAGAAUACAGACAACAAUUCAGCACCAGAUCAGAAACAGGGACCCGAAGCAUCAGUCACAGCUGGUGGAAUCCGGCCCUAUAGGAAGGACUCAGCAGAAAGACGAUCAUCAGGGGAUUCAGCAAUGAAAACUGGGUCAACUGCGAAGCAUGAGGUGAAGAAGGCUAAAAUUUCUCUUCCAAGCUUAAAGAAGCCAUCCACUGGACAAAUCAGGAGGAGUGUCCGAGACUCACUAGAGGAGAUUCUCCUGAAAAGGCUGAAGGAAUCAGACUUGAAGAUUUCAAAAGAGAAGCCAGCUGAAUUGGCUAAAGGUACAGAAAAAGAGCUUUUUGCCCUCUUCCAAGGUGUCGACAGCAAGUACAAGAACAAAUACCGAAGCUUGAUGUUCAAUCUCAGAGACACAAAGAAUAAUGUGUUAUUCAAACGUGUUCUCAAAGGGGAGAUUCCUCCUAGAGGUUUGGUUCGUAUGAGUGCGGAAGAAUUAGCCUCCAAGGAACUGGCUGCAUGGCGACAACGGGAGAAUCGACAUACAAUUGAAAUGAUUGAGAAAGAACAGCGGGAAGCGGAGAGGCGACCAGUCACCAAAAUCACACACAAAGGGGAGAUUGAAAUUGAGAACCAAGAACCUGCAAAAGCCCCUGAGGCUUUGCCUGAUGCUGCCCCUAAAGUUAUUGAGGUUUCUGAGGAAAAAACUCCAGAAUCAAAGGCAGAAAGCCCCAAGAAGGCUAAAGAUACAACAAGCUUGCACAAGUCUCAUCUUUUUGAUCUUCACUGCAAGAUCUGCACAGGCCGAAUGGCUCCACCAGUGGAGGAGGCAACCACUAAGCCUGUCAAAGUGGCCACAACUGUCAUUAGAAGGCAGUCUACACUUACAGAAGGAGAGGGCCAUGAACCCACACCCACAUCUCCACCUAUUGCUCCAUCGGCCCUGGUGGAUGACUUGUCUCUGAGAGCGAUGGAAGAAGGCCUUCUUAACUUCCCUGCUUAUGAGUCAAGGUUAGAAAGUGCUAGCAGUAAAGAAGAUACAGUUGCAUUCCUUGCUGGUUUAGAAAUGUUAUGGAAUGGAUAUAUAGACAUGCCAUCUGUAGCUCGGUACCUCACAAAAGCUUACCCAGUCUCUGGAAUUUUGGACCACCUAUCUGAGGAUCUGCCAGACACAAUCCAGGUUGGUGGAAGGAUCUCUCCCCAAACAGUCUGGGACUAUGUGGAGAAAAUUCGUGCCUCUGGUACAAAGGAAAUAUGUGUAAUUCGCUUCACUCCAGACACAGAGGAAGAUGAGAUCUCGUACACCUUGCUGUAUGCCUAUUUCAGUAGUCGCAGACGAUACGGUGUUGUUGCCAACAACCGCAAACAAGUUAAAGACAUGUAUCUUAUUCCUCUUGGCUCCAGUGAAAAAAUCCCACAUCAGAUUGUUCCAUUUGAUGGCCCAGGGUUAGAGACUAACCGACCAAACCUUCUCUUGGGUCUAAUCAUUCGCCAGAGGCCCAAAAGGGACUUUGGGGUCCUCCUACCAAGCGAGGCUAGUGAACCUCAAAAUUUCUUGGUGGAGAACAAACCUCAGGUAGACCCCAUCCAGAAAGCUGUGGUGGCCCGAGAUGAGGAGAAGGACUUCAUAAGCAGUCUUGGACGGAUACAGAAAAAGGACAGUGCAAAUCUUAGCAAAUCUGCAGUGACUGAAUCUCGGUUAGACAUCGAAGAUGAGGAAAAUGUCUCGUUGCGUUUCCUCCCGGGCGUGCUAAAACAGCCCACGUCUGAGAAGGCUACACCGGUGGUUGAUGAAGUAAAGAACAUAACUAGUGGUGCAGUAAGUCAGACAUCUAGCUCUGAUAGUGACACCUCAGGACAUGUCACUCCUAAAACACCCACCACCCCCAGACUGGACCGUUUCAUUAUCAAAAAGAAAGAGCCGAAAUCUGUCGAGAUGAAACAAGAGCCAUCCAGCUCAAAUGCAGAGAUCACAAGUUCACAAGGAAAAGAAAAAGAAGGUGGACCACAGAGUGGAGUUGUAUUAUCUCUAAAGGAUAAACCAGGAGAUGUAUCAACAGAAACUUUCCUCUCUAGCCUUUCCACAGUUCAGCCUAGGACUGAACCUAACACCACUGAAACAAAAAGAGAUACCAUACCACCAAGCACACAGCCCAGUCAAGACAUAAACCUGUCUCCUGUAUCUGCUUCAGCUGCAUCUACAGAUAGCACUAAUGAUACCACUGAAGAUGUUUCCAAGCACAAAACUGUGGAAAUUCCAACUACGACUUUAAAACUAUCCACAGCUGGCAUUUUGAAAAAGACUGAUGUGUCAGAACCUGUUGAUGCGAAGCAGAAUAAAGACGUGCCACAACCAAAAGUCACCCAGACUACACCUUCAGAAGAGUCAUCAGUUACCCAGUCUGCACCUUCACAACCAUCAUCAACAACAGAGUCUGCACAGCCACCAUCAGAGUUUAAAAGUGUUGAAGAUAUCCAGACCAUCACCACUAUUUCUUUGUCUGGAAAAAAUGAUGGCCUCAAGCAGUCAAGACAACGUCUUCUAAGCCCCACUCCUUUUAAUACUGCAAGUCAUGGGCCUCCACCAGCUACUUUUCCUCCUUAUCACACCGCACCAGUUGACCAUGCUUACCACCCUGGAUCAGUGCCCACCUACCCACCCCAAUCUAACCCUGCACCAUUUAUACCCCUGCAUCAGCAGGCCCCUCCCCCGUUUAGCUACCCUCCACCUCCACCUCCACCUCCUCCAAUGAUGUUUCCCCAGAAUGAUCCUCAAAAUCAAAUGCAUGCCCCACCUUGGGCUCAGGCAGUGCCUCCUCCGGCUUGUUUUCCACAGGCUGUCCCAGACGCAGUGGCUGGGCCUCCACAGUCAUAUACAACUCCAAGAUUCCCUGAUUCCUCCAUGCUUAACCUGCCACCCUUGAACAAGAGUGAUCAGGGCUCCGAGCUGUGGGACAGGAAGUCCAGACCUUUGGCCGAUCCCUUCAAAAAGGAUGACCGAGACCACUAUGGGAGGUACAGGCACAAGAGCCAACACUAUGAGCGAGAGAGGCACAAGGCCAGGAGUCGGAGCCGAAGCCGAAGCCGAAGCAAGAGCAGGAGUCGCAGCAGGAGUCGAAGCCGGAGCAGGCACAGACACAAGAGCAAACACUCGCGAGAGGACAGGCACGGGGAGAGGAGGAAAGAGAGACAUCACAGCAGUCACCACAGGGACAGGGACAGGGACAAACAUAGACGGGACUCUGAUCAUGAAAAACAUCGGAGAGACUCAAGAGAUGGGCACUCAUGAUCUUCAUGCUCAACCUAGUUACACCCAUUCAACAUCACUGACCAGACAUGUUCUUUUUGUAUUUUACUGCAUAGUAAGAAGUUAUUUAUAACAUUUAAAAGCAGCUUUUUAUGAGUGUACUUUUACAUUUUUAGUUGUUCUUGGUUUGGAUUAAAUUUCUUUGUUUUAAAGUUUAAUUAACAUCAGAACCAGAAGUCUCAGUCAGAACCAGGUUUUCAUAUUAUUAAUUAAAAAUUAAUGCCAAGAAGAGAACGUUAUUUCCUCUGCAUUUUUACAAUAUCUUCAACAUUUUCUAUUUGCAUUGGAUGACAAUGUGUCUGUACAUUUUGGCUUAUCAAACAGUAGAGAUAACAUGCUCUCUGCACAUUGUGUUUAUGUACAGUUCAGAAAUUCUUUUUAUUGUUGAUUUAAAAAAAAUAAAACAAACUUUAUUAAAAAC